UGUUACAAUGUCGGACGUAAAUUGUUAGAAACUGAUUCAAGCUGCAAAAUUUUCAAUAAUGACAAUAAAGACCGAUUGUUUGAAGAGCAUAACGAGCUGCUGUCGCUGUUUAAUAAAUUCAGGGAGUUGAAGAAUAAAGAUCAACAAAUAAAUAGUUUAGAAUUAGCGGAGCAUGCCAGUACGGUUAUGGAAACAAUAGACGAAGCUAUUAGGACCCUUGACAAUAUAGACAGCUUUCUUGAAUACGUCCAUCAAGUAGGAGCGUCGCAUCGAAAAGUGCAAGGAUUUAAGGCGGAAUAUUUUUGGAAAAUAGAGGCACCUUUCUUAGCAGCGGUGAAACAGACAUUAGGAGAUCGAUAUACAGAGAACGUAGAGGCGAUAUACCACAUAACGAUAAAGUUUAUUUUAGAAACAUUGGUUAAAGGAUAUAACAAUGCGAACUCGCCGGCGUGAAAAUCAUAGGAAAAGGAAUUGUGAUACGCACCUUACGAAUCUAACCAAAGAGACCACACUCGAAGUGACUAGUGAAAUAAAGUGAGAACAAUAUUCUGCUUCCAUAGUUUUUUAAAGACAUGUUAUCAAAGGUGGAAUGGUAUUCGAGACACGUAUAAAACGAGUAAUGUAUGGUAAAGCACUUAUACUUUCAAAAGGCACUUUAAAUGGACUUCCUAAAUAUUCAGUACGUUACCUAAGUGUGUUUUUUACGCUACCUAAUCUAUCAAAACGUUUUCUUAUUUACGUAUUUCAAACGAUAUUAUUGUACUUGAGGGUAAUUAAUUAAGGGUGCUUGAAUUGCGACGUCAAUUGAAACUGUCAUUUAGUUACACUCUUUAGGAUUCAUUGGAGUGUAGGUGGGAUGAAUGAGGAUUUGGUUUAUGUCUGCACAAUUUUUUUAAAAUUACGUUUUAAAGGUCCAAUGCGUCUCAGCCUCAGCAUUAUAAACACAAACGACUUGUGAAACCAAUUUUUAAUUUAGACUUAAUUUUUGUUCAUCCAAUGAUAUGAGUAUGAAACUGAAACGUUGCCAAGUAUUGUGCCAAAUGUUAUCCCUAACUGAUUCUAAUGUAGUUUUUGUUUUGCAACUCUCAUCAAUUUUUCAGGAGACUGAAGAUCAGUGUUGUACAAGGAGCACUGUCUAGCAGUCACGAAAAACUGUAGAAAUUGUGGCAUUUACUUGACCUUUGAAGUGCAAGGAGACCAUUUUUGAGUUACAUUAUUUUUAACCAAGGAUCUGACUGCCAUAGGUAAGAACAUCUUGAUGAUUCGUAACUAAAUAUUCCUGGACCAUUAAGAAGACCUCUUUUGCAUGAUUUCCAAAGUCGUGGUUCAUAUUGGGGUUUGGGGCUCCUGACGCACUCCCUAAAAUGUCUUUUUAUUUAUUUUAAAGCUACCAUCAGAUCAUCUCCCAAUUCACAGAUACUUUCUGUUAAGUUACCUUGGUUACUCUUUGAUACAAAAAACAAAUCGGUCGUCUUUCUUUUUUUUAGGACACUAUGUAUACAGUGUGCCUAAUUUUGCUUGACACUACAGGGUAUUUCAGCUGUUUUUAAAGAUACAAACUUGCGGGUUUCGCAACCCUGUGGCUCUUUAUGAAACUUUUAAUAGGUACCACAAACAGAAUCCAUCUAGCUACGUUUGUUUCUGAGAUACAGGGUGAAAACGUAAAGUUUGACUUUUUGGGAUGUUAUCGUAUAUUACUACCCAAAGGUAAAAACUGUACAUUUUAGAUCUUUGUACGUAGAAUCCACUGCCGUAUCAAAAAAGUUUUGGGAGCACCGUUUCUGAGAUUUGACCCCAUGUUGGUAUUACAACCAAUUUUUUUUUUUAAUUUUAGUCAUGAAAAUCAAUAAAAACUUUAUUUUUUACUGUUUUUAAAUAGCAGGCCAUGAAUUCAUGGAUAUUUUGUUUUGUAUAUUGUAUACAUGGUAACUAAGACAGUCAAUAUGAAUAAUAAAAAUAGAUGACGGUAGAAACUAUAAUUUCAAAAUUUGGAAAUAUGUGGUAUAAUAUAAUAUACAAUUAUACAUGGUGUUAAUUAAUAUCCUGCAUUUUUUAGAAUCUCUACAAUAAAGUAUCAAAAUAAUUGAUCGCAGUAUGCAGGGUGAUACAUUUUGUUUCCCACACUUUAUAACGAAAACGACCCCCUAUACCACUCUACUGCUAAUAUUUUACUAAUCACCUUAGUUUAGGUACAUAUUGUCACUAAUACGGUCACAUACAUUUUUGAUCUGCAGAGGGGGAUACAGACAAAUAAAUUUCCAUCCUUUCGGAUUGAACGAAUGGCAUUCCAAAAAUAGUGUUUAUAAAACUUAAACUAUAAAAUGUGCAAAAUUCGUUUUCCCAUUUCAAAGUGUCCUUGUAACAAACUGCCGAAAUCAGAAACGAAACCAUGAACAUUAAUACUCAUUUAGUGUGACAAAUUAAGCCUAAACUAAUUUUAAUGACUUCAUUUGACACUCCGAAACAUGAAAAUCGUCAAAACUGAAAUUUAUGUUUCGAACUUUCAUGUAUCAUGGCAUGAUGGUGGCUUGAGGAAACCCUCAAUUUAUCUUUAUAGCGAAAAUUCGUUCACUCAUAAAGCAUAGCUCCCAGCAUGAAUCUGCACUGAACGCAACACAUCACUCUGCCUUCGGUACCUGUUACGCAAUCUUCGCUAAAGUUGGAAGAACAAAUAUUAACGUUCUGGGCUUAAACUAAACUAUUAACAAAUUGGUCAAUUUUACACAGUGCUUGCAAGGAAGUGCAUUAUCUUGGAAAAGAUCUUCAAAAGUCAAUUAAACUGGAACAAAAUUGUGCAGCUUAAACUCUUAUUGUCUUAUACUUGUUUCCAUUUCCAUUUGACUAUUCGAGACUUUUGAUAGAGUCGCUUGCAUGACAGUGUAUAUCUGUAAUAAUUGUUUGUGAAUGUGUAUUUGCUUUAAUAGUCAAUACAUUACGGUUUUUAAGCUGUGACUGUUCAGAAUAAAUACAAUAUAGUUUAUUGUUAUAUUAGUAAGAUUCACCAAACAAAAAAUCAUUAGCGUGUAGAUAAAUUAUAUUUUAUUAAAGGUAUAUACAUACAUUUACAACACUGCUUGUUACAUUCUUACAAACCAUUUUCGUGUAAUAUAAACAUUCAUGUUAAUUGUAACAUUUACAGCUGUUGUUACAUUGUGUACCAGAAAUAUAGCCUAAAUAAAAGGAAUAUGAUGUUUAGUGUUAUUAAAGGAUGUUUUUA